UAUUGUGUAUGCAACACAAAGUACAUGACGUUAGAAGAAGGACAGGAUUCUGUGUUCCAAAUAUUGUGCUUUAAAAUCGGUGCAGAAAAUGAGAAGAGCGCCCUGGCACGUGAGGCAUCGAACAGUCAGAGCCAUGGGGAAGUGAUAUGGAAAAAAAUUUUGCGGAAAAUUUCAGUGACCCACAGGCUUUGAAUGAAUUUCUCAGCAAUGCACAGCUUCUGGCCAGUCAAUUGAAUCAAGCAUCCAUAUUACAGCAACAGGGUCAGUCUAGUGGUGAUACAAACUUGUUAUCAUUAGUAAACACAAGCAGUUCCUUCAACCAAGCAAAUAUUGUAUUACCACACUUGGCCUCAACACCAACCCUCAGUACAACCUCUGUACACCAUAGACAGACACCACCAACACAAGAUAACCCUGUUAAGAAAACUAUACAAACUUUGCAAGGCCACAGCUCAAUUCAAAACCAAGGGACAGUGCUAAGAACUGUCAAUAGUGUGUACAACACACUGCCUGGUAGCAGCAUAAACCCAAUUUCUGUUCAGGCUGUUUCAUCUUCUUGUCAAGUGCUAACUAAUGGACAGCAGGUUUCAUUUCAAAGCAGCCCUAAUAGUCUAAGGACAAGCAAAGUCUAUUCACAAAGCAUAGCAAGCAAACCGGAAAAGGGGAUGCCAAAUAUUCUUUCUAAAGGGAUCUCUACUGCCUCUAACCAGGCUACUACCCAAGCAAUGAUUUUUCAAACAAAUAUGAAUGGAAAUUACGUAUUUGUUAACAGCACAGGCCAGCAGGCACAGGCUCUAGCCAUGACUCAAAAUGUGAAUCAAAGCUUACAGCAACAACAGUUACAGCAGCUUCAACAGCAACAGCUCCAACAGCAGCAGUUAAAGCAACAGCAGCAACAACAAUUGAAGCUGCAGCAGUUGCAACAACAACAACAAUUACAGCAGCAACAACAUUUACAGCAACAACAACAAUUGCAACAGCAGCAACUGGAACAACAAAUGCAGCAGCAAAACAAACAGACUGUGUUGCAGUAUAAUCAACAGCAAAAUCAACAGCGUUUAGUUUUGCCAGCAAAUAUGCAGCAGCUCUUGAGCAGUCAAGGUGGGACAGUGGUUACAAGUACCUUAUCACAAGUCACAGAUAUUAUAGAAAACCAGCCACAAGCAACAACAGUGCAGCAGCAAAGGAAGCUUGCACCAAUUAGAGCUCGUGUUAACCAAACACAAAUCAAAGGAAAGCCAUCUGCUGCGAAUGUAUCAGCCGGGAGAACUCAGUCACCUAAUGCCACGAUUAGCCAUGUUGUACAGCCUCAACCCCAGGGAAAGGGGCUGACACAGGCCAACAUGACGGCAAGUAUUUAUCAAAGUCAAACUGCUUCUUCAGGGACCAGCACUGACUUGUUAAAAAUUGUAAGGCCAGCAGCCCAGCCUAAAAACGUUUUUUCAAAAUCUACAACAAACAUGACGUCAAUACCAUCAGGAAAUCAGGCCAAUGAUAAAACUGUUUUUGCAAGCACUGGAAAUGCACAGACUUUAAAACUGUCACACUUUCCCACCCAACAUAAUCAAUUAAAGAGUCUUGAGAGUAUGGUAACACAGCAAGCAAAUGCAGAAUCCUCUAUGCAACAGGCUGGUGCAAAUAUUUCUGUCUCUUCGUUGGGCGCCACCAAUGUUGGUUUUUCUUUCGCAAAUUCCAACGUUGUCCUAGCAAACAGUGCAUCAACCGGUGCAAGUGGCACACAGACCAAUGGUCCCACUGUUACAAAUCAAAGCAUAGCAUUGCAACAGUUGUUUCGUUUAAGUCAGGCUGCUGCCCAAUCUACUGCCGAUGCUAUUGAUACCACUGCUAAAGAACAAAUGUUGCCAACACAACAACAGCUUCAAAAUGCUGGUCUACAGGCACUUAAUAUUGGUAUUGGACAACAAGCUAGCGCAACUUCACAGAAUGCCAAUGAACAGGGCCAGAUUUUGAGCGUUCAGCUGCAAAAUAAUGGUGUACAAAUACUUUCAGGUAAGCAAAACCAGGCCUCUCUUCCGCAAAAUGUUGUCCUCACAAACCAAAGUGCAGCCCUAAAUUCCGGGGGUAGGGGAUUGACGCAACAUCAGCUAAUGCAGCAAGUCUUAAAGGCUGCCAAUGAUGGCUCCUUGUUGCCAAAGCAACAGCAGCAGGCAGCGGAAAACAUUCGAGCAAGUAUCAUUGGGCAAAGUGUUCAGAACAUUAUCAGUCGGCAAAAUGCAAGCAAACAAGGAAAUGCUAACCAGGGCCGAGCAAGUCCUCAGGCCCCUGCAGCGAUAUCCCAAGAAGGUUCACCCGUACAGCUAUUCAUGCCAAAACAAUUGUCAACGUCUCAGCUCCUUGAAUUGCAGCAGAAGCUUCUAGCAGGCAAGAUCAUGCAGAAGAUGCAGGCUGUUCAGCCGAAACCUAUUUCAUCGCAAGGCGAAACCAGUGUUGGCGCUACCAGUGUCUCAUUGUCAACACUACCAUCUACGUCGAACAUGCAAACGGUUACGCUAAAGCAAAUUCCAACUGGCACACUAUUAACAACGUCGCAACAGAGCAGCGUAAAUCAGUUCGUAAUGCCUAUAGCAACUCAAGGCAUGCAGUUCUUUUUGCAAACAAACGUUGCUAAAGGUGCUGCCGAUAAUAGUCAACAGUCACAAAUUGGUGUUAUCUCGGGUAGCAGCGGAGCACAACGAAUUAAUCUGCCGAUAUUUACGACAUCAACGACAGCAAAUGUCAGCGCGAACAUCGUAAAGCAAGUGCAGUUACAACAACAGAUUUUGCAAAAAUCGAACGCAGCGCAAGGUGUUAGGAUACAGGGUGCUGCAGCGCCAAAUAUCGUUGUUAAACCACUAGAUGUUUCGGCGGGUAAGGUUAUUUCCGAUCAGCAAAAAGCAAUUCAAACGAAGAAACUGCAACAGUUACUUCUUCAACUGACUCCUUCGCAGAGGAAUUUGCUCGUGAAAAAGCAACAGGAAUUUGUCAGUAAGGGUCAAGCGGUGCCGCUUAUGAAGCUCAUUGUUCAAGUCAAACAGGAAACGGAAAGUCUGAAACUAGAAACCAAGUCCAUCAAAAGACCGCCACCUGAAGAAGUAAAGGUCGAAGAUACAAGCGAACCGAAAGUGUCGAAAAGGUUAAAGCAUUGUCUGCAGGCGGAUCAAAAUCGAGUUCUGGACCCUAAUUACAAGUUACCUUUCAAAUCAGUCGAGGAUGCGCUUUCUCGACUGCUGCCUUAUCACCUUCACUGCGAGACAGUACCUCCUGAAAUCGAAUGGCAGAAAGCGGAAGCACUCUUCGGGCUUGUAUCAAAGCAACUUUUGACGAGAAAAGAGAAGCUCUUUGACAAGUACCAUUCUCUGAUGCUAGAAGAAAGCCAGCUGCAAGUAUCUUCUUCUGAAAUGGUGAUGCUUGAAAGAAUCUUUCUUGCUGACGAAAAAGCUCGGUACGCCAAAGAAAAGGAAGAUGCCAAAGAAGGCAAGCUACAACUCUUCCCGGAUUCCUUAGCACCAAACGACACAAAUGAAGAGAAAGAGAAAUCGGAAGAAGAGGAACUUGGAUCUUCAUGGCUUGCUGGAAAUGACGAGGUAGUGACAGACAUCGCUCAAGAUGAUGAUGAUGCCGUUGAUGUUGAAUCUUUUGACUUGAACGAGGCCCAGAUGAGUGAAAAGGGGAGUAGUGGUGAAUUGGAGCAGGAAGAUGACACGAAUUUUAGUCGUGAAGAUAAUGAAGAUGAUGAUGAGAGGGUGUCAACAAAUGGACAGGUGUCUGAAAAUGAAUACGAUGUUAAUGUUUGUGAAGAAGAAGACGGUGGUGAAGAAGAAGAUGGUGGUGAAGAAGAAGGAGGAGAAGUUGAAGACAUGGAAGAUGAGGAUGUUGAGGAUGACGUAGAAGCCAAUGAUGAUUUAGAAGAAGAUUUCGAAAAUGAAGAAGAUGAAGAGGAAGAGGAGGAGGAGGAAGAAAAUGUGGAAGACUAUGAGCAGGAAGAUGAUGAUGAUGAUGAUGAUGUUGAACAUAAUUACGAUAAUGAUAUAGAUCUCACUGGGAUUUCAAGUUACGCGAGCGUUUCUGGCUUUGAUGCCCUGGAGGGUAUGGACGAUUUCGAUAGGACUACGGAACAUAACAUGUCGGAAGAACUAUCACAAGCGACUCUGAAUUUAAUGGCUGAUUUAGAGAAUGAUAUGAGCAAUGAUUACUACAGCUAGUAUUCCCUGGGGUGUGUCUGUUAAACAGGCAUACGUUUUUCUACAGUUGUAAAUUUUCCUUGUCUUGUUUUUUGUCUUGUCUAAUGAGAAUAGUCAAGAAAUGUAAUGAAAACAGAAAAUCCUCUUUAGGAUUAAAGUCUUUUUAAGAUCUAUCAUGAGGUUUUUAAAUCGAUAGUCCAAAUUCGCCAGGAAAAGAGAGGGAAUACGAGACUAUGACAUUUUUUCAACUUUUUGUCUAUGAAAGGGAUGGCUCGUAUGUUUAUGUAAAGUUGUGAAAAUUCCACAAAUGUCCAUUAACGUCCCAAAUUAUUGGGUUAUUAUACGCUUAUAUAUACUUGGUCCUCAAAAUACUACGUUACGUUUAUAACUUGCCAUUGAAAUAUAUUAUUUCUAUGACAAGUUUUGGUGUUGAUAGGGCACCAAGACCAGUGACAACUGUCCCAAUUUUUCUUUCCACGUCGCUGUAUCAAAGCUCUUUAUUAUGAAUUGUCUUUUCCAUUAAUAAAAUUUUUUAUUAUCAUUUUCUACGACUCAGAUUCAGGUGACUUUAAUUUAUAAUAACUUUUCAGGCCAUUCCUGAAGAUUUUUUUUAGUUUUAUACGCUCAACAAAAGCUUUGAUAUACUUUAAGUUAUUUUUUUGGGUAUUAGGGUAUUGUCAUCCUAAAAACACCGUCCCUUUCUAUGCCAUCACCCCUAGCUUAUUCUUUGGUGAUGGUUUUGUGAAACCAUUUUGUUCUAGCUGAUGUUUUAUCAUUAAACACAUAACAUAUAGUAAAUAUUUUAGCAAUAUUGAACAAUCUGGUAGGCUUCUCGUUGAAAUAAAGUAAGAAAAGAUGACAAAUUUUUUCUGUCGGGUAUUGCUGUUCGGUAGAAUUUCAACGCCUUUGCAAUGUUCCUAGAGAAACUAGCCCCCAAAUAGAUUCUAGCCCACAAAAUGUACUUAUUAUCGUGAAAAUAUUAUCCUCUUCUUGGCUUUUGACAUGUUGAGACCCCCUCCGAGAAAACCUCAUCCCCCAGUCAGUAUAAGGCUUCAAGGUCCCUGAUGUUCCUAAUUCCCCAACGAAAGCCUGUUAUUUUAGAAUCAACAGGGUAACACCUAAAAUUACAAAAUUGAAAAUAUUUAGGUUCGAUAUAAUAUAGUAAAUAAUAUUGUCAUUCGUAUGUUUCACCACUCUAUUAUAAUUUGCAGAGCCCCCUGUUCUUUAUAAGAAAAGGGCAUUCUAUGUCACAUGUAUCUGCCUGUAUUAUACCGUGUUGUAAUAACUGUUCAUUUGUACGUUUAGCCCUCUUCGGGUGGACUGGGCAUCCUUAAGCAAUGCUUUCAAAAGUUAUAGUUUCGAUAACUGAAACAGGAUUGAAAUGUAGAAAUUCGUUUUGUAUCUUAACGGCCCAUUUCCAGCUGCGCCAUUAUUUAAAAAGAUGGGUAACGAGUUUUUA